AUGGCUCAGCAACAACAACCAGGCAGGCGCAUCUUGCGCACACUGCGCUCAGGACCGAUCCAUCCUCGAGGCCCUCCGCCACCGCCACCUCCGGCUCCCGCUCCCGCCGUAGGAGAGCUGCCGUUCGAUCCUCGCAAUGUUCGGGAGGGUGACGUUAAAACCACCAAACGGACCAGCAAAAGACUUCCGUGGAACCUUUUCGACCGUAUAAUCACUCGCUGGUUAGCUCCACAAUGGCAGCACUUCCUCCUCUCCAAACCUGGAUUCGACGAGGACGAUGACUCUCAGUGGGUUGCGCGCUGGCCUCUCGGAGAAGGUACAUACGGCAGGGUCGCGCUAUGGACUAGAAUGGGUACAGACGGCGAUGUCGAGGAUGAAAUUGUUAUCAAGGAGUGGAAAAAGAUCCGUAUCGGUGACAUUUUCGGUCCUCACGUCGUUUCAGAGGCUCUGUACCAGGGUCAUGUGAAUGCGAUGAGGGAUGCACACGACGUGGUAGCGGAGCUUCGCAGUUACAAGAGCUACCCAAAUCAGAAGGACACAAGUAAGGAUCAAGCGAGAGCGUACCUUAAAUAUGCACAGUACGGCACCUUGCGCAGCAUGUGGUCUCGUUACAGGGCCUGGGGUCGUCAUUUCCCUGAAUUGUUCUUGUGGUCGAUUUUCGUCGAUUUGGCGCAGGCAAAUGAGGCUAUAACAACUUGUCCUCAGACCUGGAAUACAUAUCACCCUCAGCGAGUGCAAGACAUCCCUCGCGUCCACCGGCGCGGGGAUGACAAUUUCAUUUUGCACCACGACCUCAAGACCCUUAACACCUUCGUCCAGACGAGAUCCAAGGGACCGCAAAGAGCUUUCGGGCAUCCAGCAGCAGCGAUCGGCGACUUCGGUUUCAGCAGAGUCAAAGACAGUGUCGAUCCUCUAUUGUGUAGCAACGAAAUCUGGUGGAAAGGUCGCGCAACACCGGGUUGGCUUCCACCAGAGCAGACUGAUUUAUCAGAGUGCUGGGCACGCGAUCUGUACGGCCACAAAGAUGGGACGUUUCGCUGCUCCCCAAAAACGAAUGUGAUCGGGAUAGGCUAUAUCAUGUAUGCAAUGACAACCCUUGGCUUCACGGAGUGGAUCGGGCUGCCGGUUGACGUCCAGCUCAACCGCGCCAAACAACGAGAGCUUGAGCAAAAAUUCAAUGAGUAUCGGCAUGUCCUCACCAUUGAUCAAAUGAAGGCACAUAGCCGCGAUGCUGCCGGCCAAGAAGUGUUCAGCGAGCGGCUGAUCGAGCUAAUACAUCAUUGUCUGCGACCGUUCGUGGAGGAUCGACCAUCUGCAGCCGAGCUACUGCGCGAGACCAAGGCCGGCUACAAGAGACACCGCAAAGCUGCUAUGGAAUCCCGGCGCGGUCCAGCGGAUCUUCCUCGAGAUUACAAGGUUCGGCUGACGAAUGGCGAAAUGAACGAAUUGCAAGAAAGAGGGAACGCUUAUGUACGGUUCAACGUAGACUGGCCGGCGGACCAGGAAUUCUUUGACGCCUUAAGGAGGCGAGAACCCGACUGCUGCGGUGAUCCGGAUGAUCCACCUCUGUGUCCUCCUCGCGGGCUUUGGCAAGAGUUCUACGAUAAUCUAGAUCGUGAUGAUGCAGUUGUUUGGCAGAGGAACAGAAACAAUCAUCCUGCCGAGAACAACAUGGAAGCUGACAAGGCACUUAUGCACCGAGCGGACUGGUUUGAAAGAGUGGGAGACUGGGCAUACGUCGCUGGUAUUGGAGAGAAACCUCGUCCACGGGCUAAAAGAUUGCGCGACCGGCAGGAAACCGACAACGACGAUCAGGAGGUACGCAGACUCCUCAGAGUCCUUCGCACAGAGACAGCGGACUUUAUCGAUGACAAGCCUGUCGUACUGUUGGAGUAUAUCCUCAACACCGAGAGACAAGACAUCGAGGCUACGGUAGAUAUCCUGAAAUGGCUCUACAACAGGAGCCGUAAGGUGCCAGCGUGGACGAGCAAGAAAAGAGUGCAGACCAUUGCCAAGGACAUUGAAAAAGCCUGGAAGAAGAGGUUUCCUAACCAGAGAUCGAAGCCGUCCUACAGAGAAUGUUUGUACUUUGCUGGUUCAGCAGCUACUGAUAACAUUGGCGUCGCAUUCACGCUUGAGAAGAUGGCAGGUCUUCUCCGAGUCGAUGAAGCAGCAGAAGACAAUCCUCGAGCCGGACAGGACGAUCCCGAGUACGAUCUCGAAUUGAAUGAAAGUAUACGGCUACUUCGCUCGCUUAUUGCCCACGUCGCGCAUGACAGGCAGCUACACAUCACUCACUGGAGCGACCGUUUUCUGGCCAUGAUUCUCAAUCAAUUCGCCAGAGAUGCUCACGUUGCAUUCGACGCCAUGAAAGCCUGCCAUAUACUUGAGCUUACGGUCGGCAUGCAAGCCUGGAUGCUCCAGACAAGACCCCGUGUCGGUUUCAUCAUCCCUACGCUCCAGGACUUCAGGGUUCUCCUUGCGCAGAGCGGCGAUAUAGCUCAUCCUCUCAACUCGCGUACGCUGGUCAACGACGCGUCACUGGUGAAAGCACUUAUAGAUCGAGGCCUGAUCCUGGAUCAAGCUAUGGCGCUAUCAGUCGACCUGGAAGGAGCUAUGGCGCUAUUAGUCGACAACGGUGAAUUCUGGACAUUCGUGCAACAGGCAGAGGAAGAACGUCGGCAACGAGAAGAAGUGGAGCGGCGACGCGAGGAGCAAGAAGCACGCGAUCGUCUUGAAGAGCAAGCACAGCAGCGAAGGGAGGAACUGCAAGCAUUGGAAGAACAACUAGUGACGGAGCAACGUGAGCGCACCGAACGAGCGAUAGCAGAGACGAGAAGGAUAAUAGCAGAAAACCGGGCGCGAGUAGCUGCGGAUAAUGGCAACGCCGAGAGCGAGGUGGCAGAAGAAGUCGAAGCCGCAGAAAAUGCAGAGGCGGCAGAAGAGCGAGAGGUGGCAGAAGAAGGCCAGAUGCCAAGAGCACCCGGGAAAAGCCCGUCGUAUGCCCCGGUGAGUCCGACGCUGCCACAUGAGGAUGACGACGAGGAUGGGACUCCACCCGGUCUUCCUCGGCGGCAUCAACGUCGGCUCCGGCAACAAGCUCCCUGGACACUCCCCGCCAAAGCAAAGUACUCACCCUACGACCUGAAACGCGCCAUUCUCGCCCACAAUGCGCCCGAACUAGUCAGCCCACCUUUCUUUCCCAUCCUCAGCAUCAACCCGCAACGCGCCAUGCUCGUCGUCAAGGACCGGCAUCCCAACGAAGUCUUCGAGAAGUGCUGGUUGAGCACCUGGGAGUACUCAUUCAUCACGCACAUCGACAUCUCCAAGCCGGAUGGCUUGAAGCAAAUGCUAAGCGAGCAUUUUGGGAAGGAUGAGGUGGCGGAGGUGAUGCGGUUGAUGAGCACGAAGGAAUACAAGGAUAAGUUGACGAAGAACACGGAGAAGGUGUUGCAGCAGGGCGCGUUUGGGGCGCCGUGGUUCUGGGUAAGGAAUGGGAAGGGAGUGGAAGAGCCGUUCUUUGGGAGUGAUCGAUUUGCUGUGAUGUGGCGAUUUUUGGGGAUCGAGUUUGAGGACGUGAGGCUUCUGCCUCCUUCGAAGGAGAAGUCUAAGCUGUGA